UAUCGUAACAGUCGGACGAUAAUCGCUUGCAGGGCGUUUUUGGGGAUUUAUUUAUGCACUUUGAUGCUCGUCAUGUUGUUUGUUUGGUCGCUUUUCGCCUUCAUCGGUGGACUGUCAUUGACUUCGUCGACGGUUGACAUUAACGUUUAACGUCAACAUUAACGGCUGAAUUAUGAGGACGCUUUAAAACGUUUGAUUUGAUGAUCUGUUGAUUUUGGGGGCUAAGCUACAGUCACGAUGGAGCUCGACACCAAACCCAUCCAUGAGCAAAGGUUCGAUGCUGCGGUCAAAGUGAUACAGAGUUUACCUACAAACGGUUCUUUUCAGCCAUCCAACCAAAUGAUGUUGAAAUUCUACAGCUACUACAAGCAGGCGACCCAAGGCCCCUGCAACAUUCCCCGGCCAGGUUUUUGGGAUCCAGUCGGCAAAGCAAAAUGGGAUGCAUGGCACUCACUUGGAGAUAUGCCAGAGGAGGAAGCUAUGACGGCAUACGUGGACGAUCUGAAGCUGAUUCUUGAAAGCAUGCCGAUGACAGAUGAGGUGGAGCAGCUGCUGCAGGUUCUCGGGCCGUUCUACGAGCUCGUGGAUGAGAAGAAAAAGAUUUCUGAAGUGUCUGAUCUGACCACCGCCCGGUUGGAAAGAUUUGCUAAGCAACUUGAAGGUUUUGGAAACAUGAUUACCGCACCUUCAAAGAGCGUCACAAAAAGCAUCAUCAGAACGAUGGAAAUGAACGGGACGUUAGACAGCUAUCCUACCAAAAAAGGGGACGCUCCGAAGAACAACAUACAAGAGAUCAAGGAACAGGAGGACAGAGGUGAUGAGGAUGAGAAGGAGGAGGAUGAUGACGACAGUGAUGAUGAUGAUGAGGAGGAGGAGGAGGAGGAGGAAGAAGAACCUGAGCAGGUGAAAAAAGUCCCAGCACCAAAGAAAAAGGCCACAAAUGGAAAAGCUAAAGGAGUCCCUAACGGCACUAUAGGGCAUAAGGUAGAAAUCAUGACAAAUGGAACACACAGCUCCAAAUCUGCUCUGAAUGGAGAGCACUUGGCGGAGGAGGAGGAUGCCGUCACCCAAGAAACGGUGAUUCAACAUGUGAAUGGUUUUACCAAAGAUGAUGAUGAAGAUGUGUCCAGCCUCCAUCAUGUGGCCAGCGACUCAGAUGGUGAAGUGUACUGUGACUCAGUGGACCAGUUUGGUGUGGAGGAGGAAAGCCAGGGUAGGCUGUCCUCCCUGAGAGAGCCGCAGCCAACGGGGUGGGACCCUAAAGACCUCCCGGGGGUUCAGGAAAGCGUCCAGCAUGGCGGGGAGGAUUGGAAAACCAGCGGUGGUGGACCACAGAGACAGAGGCUUAGCAUGGACAGACCAGGCAGCUCUGUGGUCAGGAGAGGAAGAGCCUCCAGGUCUCCAAGCUCAGGGUUCGGCACCAGGGGGCCAUUACAGGGUGGGGGUGGUGAUGGAGAACGGUGGGGGACUGAUGGAGCUGUGAGUGGAGAUCUUAAUGAACAGAUCGUAACGGCACUGGCGCGACUUCAGGAGGACAUGCAGAGUGUCCUCGAGAGACUGCACACACUCGAGGCUCUCACAGCCUCUCAGGCAAGAUCUGCAGUCUUGCCUUCAGAGUACCUGUUACCACCAGCAAAUAGAGCUCAGAAGAAGCCAUGCUGGUGGCCCUUUGACGUGUCUCCUGGCACAGUGGCCUUUGCUAUUGUUUGGCCCUUUGUGGUGCAGUGGCUUAUUCGCCUGUAUUUCCAGCGGCGGAGGAGAAAAAUCAAUUGAGAGGAUUUCGUGCUCGGGGCAGAAGACAAACCCCCUUCCUCUGAUAAAGGGCAGCGUCCUCUCCUGCGUGCCCCUUCGUAUAACUCUUGCUUUUGCACUAUGAAGACAGCGCUAAGAGUAGUGAGUGUGAGAACAGACAUAAGACAGAUAGAUGAAUGUAUGAAGUCGCAGCUUAUAGGCAUAAAAGGCUUUUUGUACAUUUUUAGCAUAGUAACCACUGAGGUUAACUUCUUGGUUUGAAGAAGUAGAAGUGCUUUGACGUAGUGAACAAAACUUCUACAUUGAUUUGUGUUUUUUCAUAUUGAAAUCUAAUGGGGCAUUAUGAUAGCAUUUAUGUGACGUCCAUCAUUACCACUUAGCCAUGUGCCCAGGGCUGCUAACAGGUAAGUCUGCAAGCAGGUGAGGAAUAUAAGUGAUAGAGUUACAGUGACUUUUUCAGAGAGGUCCCCUGUCCUGGUACUGUAGAUCUUCCACUCUGGAGAGCUCAGAUUCAACACACCUGGCACUAUUAUUCAGAUGCCCCUCAAGGUCUUCGUUACCUGGAUCGGGUGUCGUAGACUGUGGUUGGAGCUAAACUCUGCAGGAUGGUAGAUUUCCAGGACCAGGACUGGGCACCUCUGGUUUAAAGGUUUCUUUAAUUAUUGUGGCUCACAAAGGAGGCAGGCUUGGCUUUGGUAGCUUUUCCAUUGCCUGGAAUGUGUUUAGAGGGUAUGAGGUCAUGAAGUGUUGUAUUGUGUGCUUGGUGAGGUUUUGUCCAUGCAAACUGCAGAACUAAUCAAAGCCAUAUUUCCAAGAUCUUGUUUCUUUGGACUGAUGUUGGCAAUGAAAACGGCUAAAUCUGACAUUCGGAAAGUUUGGUGUUGACAUGUUGUUGUAGGUGUUUGGUAGAGUCGGCACUCAUGUCUAAAAGUAAAUGCCGUAAACAUAGCUGGAGCAGAACUUGAGCACACAUGCUUACAUAUAAUUAUGAGCAUAUCUAUAGCUGUAUACUAAUUAUGGGAAAUUUAUGCAAGACUCAUGCUCAUCAGAAAGCCCUUACAAGGGAAUUUCACUGCUAUCAGCGGCACAAUUGAUUAAGAUGUAAAAAGCUCAUUUACUGUGGUGCUAAUAGGAACCAGACAUCUAAAGAGUUUAAUAGGCCUCGUUCACCCAAAUCUUGAGUUUUUUCUUAAAUGUGUUCUUGAAAAGGUUCUAAGACAAAGUCUACAUCAGAUUCAUGACUUGUUCUUAAACCACAGAACUGCAGAACCUUUGUGCUCUUAAGUGUGUGUGUGUGUAGAUUCUGUUCUUACCUAAGAACAAACCCCAGAUAAGAAAGCACUGGUGAAUUUCAGAAUCUUUGUAAAGUUUUGUGAGUUUUAAGAAAUUUCUUCUUAAGAACGUUUGGUGAAUGAGGCCCUAUGUCUCUAAAAGCUCCCCCACAGGCAGUUAUUACACAAAUAUGCUGCCUGACCUGCCCAGCGAUGAACUGGUGACCUGUUCAGGGAGUUUCCUGCCUUCCACACAAUGACCGCUGGGGGAUAGGCUCCAGCUCCUUCUGCCAGAAGGAUAAGCAGCUUAGAAAAUGUGUGCGUGCUGCAUGUUUUACAGUAGUUACGAUGGUUUUGAUUAUAAAAUGUCCUUUUUAAUCUGUUAAGGGCAGAGAGGUACAUAUAAGGCAUUGUUGGGCAAAACCGUAGCCAAAGACUCACUGAUGGUUUUGGACUAUGGCUAUAUUUGUGUUGACGUCUGGUUCCCAUCACCGCCACUGUAAAGACCUUGGAGUCUGUAAGUUUCUCUACAGUAAACUAUUUCACAUGAAGCCACCCUGAAUGACUUUAUGUACAUCUCAACCACUGAUGUAUGCAGAUACUUUGGAAAAAGUGGUGGAAUUCCCCUUUAAAUGUUAUAAAGAAUAUUUCAUUUUUCCUAUACUGUACUUGUAUAUUUUCCUAUACUGUAUAUUUCUUUGUAAUUCUCUCUUAAUUGUGUCUUUUGCCCCUGAAAAUUGUUUCGCUAUGAAGCAUUCUGAGUUACUGUGUAUUUGAGGCAGGGUUUGUGAUGGUGAUACCAAGAGGCGCUAAUGUUUAUUUUUGUUGCAUUAGACUGAAAAUAAUUAAUGCAUUUGCAUUCAGACUUAUCCUUUAACCUGUUUUGUGUUUUCUUUCCUCUUAGUGUAAAUUGUUAAUACUGUUGAUACUUAUAAUACGUGUAUAUUAGAAAUAGAGCAUAAUAUAUGAGCUGAGAAGUGAUAUUUUAAUUGUAACAUACUGUAAUGUAGCAUUUAAAUCUAUAUUGAAUUGAUACCUGACUUCUUUGGAGUAGUACUUGGGAGAGGAUGUAUGAAUUUAAAAAGUAUUGUUUUGAAUAGAAACACUAUCUUUAUAUUAAUGAAAUGACCACUUUCUCUUUCGAAGAAGCAUCUGCACGUUCUUAUUGUUAACCUGAAGCACGAAUAAAAUUUUCACAAGCUUUUGGAGCA